CGCUCUAGCGUGGUUCGCUCAAUAGUUUCCUUCCCGGCAUCCUCUACUCUCUCUUCGACCGGCCGACGCCGACAUGGGACGUGUGCGCACAAAGACGGUGAAAAAGGCCGCCCGGGUCAUAAUUGAAAAAUAUUAUACUCGCCUUGGGAAUGACUUCCACACAAAUAAGCGAGUAUGUGAGGAGAUUGCCAUCAUCCCUAGCAAGAAGUUGCGCAACAAAAUUGCUGGGUAUGUUACCCAUCUGAUGAAACGCAUUCAAAGAGGGCCAGUCAGAGGCAUCUCCAUCAAACUGCAGGAAGAGGAAAGAGAAAGAAGGGAUAACUAUGUCCCUGAGGUCUCUGCCCUGGAUCAGGAGAUCAUUGAAGUGGACCCCGAUACCAAGGAAAUGUUGAAGCUGCUGGACUUUGGCAGCCUGUCCAACCUGCAGGUCACACAACCCACUGUAGGGAUGAACUUCAAAACCCCAAGAGGUGCCAUCUGAAGCCAUUUCUGUACUCUUGCUUUUACAAUAAAUCUAUAGAAACUAA